CAUUAGAUAGAGCUAGGAACAGACAAUUCACAAGGGAUUGAGCCAAUUUUAACCUAAGGAAGAUAUUUGAAACACUCUGGAAAUGCCUAGUUCAAGUCCUGUUAUUCCAUCAUUAUUGGAUACAGACUUGUAUAAGUUAUCCAUGCAAGCUGCGGUCCACGAUAACUUCCCGGGCAUCGAUGUGGUUUACAAAUUUACUAACAGAACACCGUCAAUGGAACUUAACAAGGAAGCUAUUGCGUGGCUCAAGGAUCAGAUAAGUCUCUUGGGUGAGCUUUCUUUUUCCAAUGAUGAAAUAGAGUACUUGAAGAAAACUAUUAGUCAGAUUCCACAAUCUUACCUUGAUUAUUUAAAAGAUUUUAAAUUGGAUCCGGCUCAACAGAUUCAAUAUUAUAAUGAUGAAGAAAACCUAGGUAAUUUUGAAAUUGAGAUCAGUGGUAAAUGGAGUGAGACCAUUCUUUAUGAAAUCCCGAUAUUGUCCUUAGUAUCCGAAGCUUAUUUCAAAUUUGUUGAUACUGAUUGGAACUACGAUGGCCAAUAUGAAUUGGCCCAAUCUAAAUGUAAACAGUUAUUCGAGAAUAACUGUCCCUUUAGUGAGUUCGGUACUAGAAGAAGAAGGUCUCAUGAGACUCAAGAUAUUGUAGUGAAGGCUUUGGCUGAAUAUGCAAAUAAAAAUCCUUUACUUAUCGGUACUUCUAAUGUUUAUUUGGCUAAAAAAUAUGAUUUGGCUCCAAUUGGUACCGUUGCACAUGAAUGGUACAUGGGUAUUGCUUCAGUCACUGAAGAUUACUUGAAUGCCAAUAAAAAUGCUAUGGAUUAUUGGUUGAAAACUUUUGGUCCUGGGUUUGCCGGUUUGGCUUUAACUGACACCUUUGGUACCGAUGCCUAUUUAAAGGUCUUUCAAAAACCUUAUUCGGACUAUUACACUGGGGUCAGACAAGACUCUGGCGAUCCAGAAUUGUACGCUGAAAAAAUAGCCCUCCAUUAUAAAUCCCUAGGUUACCCAGAUUUCUCCAAAGUUAUAUGUUUUAGUGAUUCCUUGAAUAUAGAAAAAUGCUUGAAAUAUAAAUCAACGGCUGAUAAAUUGGGCCUAAAGGCAACUUUUGGUAUAGGUACCUUCUUCACCAAUGACUUCAAGACUGUUUCUGUUCCACAUUCCAAAUCCUCUCCCCUUAACAUCGUCAUAAAGUUGAAGGAAGCUAAUGGCAAUCCAUCAGUGAAAAUUAGUGAUAAUCUUGGUAAGAAUAUGGGUGACGAAAAAUUGGUCGCUAGAGUUAAACAAGAGCUAGGCUACAAAGAAUAUGAAUGGGCUGAAGGUGAUGAGGCCAAAAGAUGGUGAUAUCUUCUCUGUUUGCUUUUAUACUAGAUUUGUAGUAGUUUCUUCAAUAAUAUAAAGACUUUGAUGUUAAGUAUGUGUGCGUACCGGCAGCUUUGAUCCUAUUAAAAAAAAAAAAAAA